CUCAACUUCCAACGAGAAGGUAUUUCAAUACCCUUUUAGACGACCAUCAGAUAUUGGUGUUAUGUAAAUUGUCACCAUUUGUUAGGCGCAAAGAAGGAAGUGAGCUGUUUAAGAAGUUAUUGGAAACAUUGAAGUUUUACGCUGGAUUUGAAAUUCAUGAUCACACGGGGUUGGCAUUGACAGAUGACGAAAUGACAGAGUUACAUUGUAGAAAGCUGACAGCCUUACAGCACAUUGCAUUUCAACAUUUCAAAGAUUCAUUACAAUUGUUGGCGUUAUCCAAUUUAUCUUCCAUUGAAAACAGAGAAGAUUUGAUGAGCCAUUUUGCUCCUCUUGAACAUCAAGAGAUUAUACGCUUAUGCGAAUUUCUCAAUGUAAGGUACCAUAAGUUGGUUGGUGAUGGUGUAUAUGAAAAACAAUUCUUGUUGGAGGUCUUGAUCGGGAAAUUUGAGAGGAGAGUAAGUCAGAUCGACGCAAUUAACGCUCUUCCUUUGUAUCCUGACGAGAAUACGUUGUUUGAUGAUGCAGUUGUGACAACGCAAUUUUAUUCUGGUGAUUCACCACUGGCCCUUCCAAAACUUAAUUUACAAUUUCUCACUAUUCAUGAUUAUUUAUUGAGAAACUUCAAUUUGUUUCGUCUCGAAAGCACUUAUGAAAUUCGUCAAGACAUUGAAGAUGUGGUCAAACGUUUGGCGCCAAGAAUAACCUAUCCAUCUGGUAGGACAGAGUUCACAGGCUGGGCGCGUAUGGCUGUGGAGGUUGAAAGAUUUAACAUCGUGGAAAUUUCUAAACCGAAUCUUGGUGAAAGUAAACCUUCGCAAGUCAGAGCAGAUGUGACUUAUAAUCUUGGUCGAUACACGGACUCUAUUAGGAAUGAGUGGGAUUCUUUGAGGCAACAUGAUGUAUUGUUUUUGCUAACAAUUCAAGCUCAUGACGGUACCUCUGACAAAUAUAAAGAUGAAAUGCCUUUCAGGCCACAUUUUGGUUUGAAAUAUGUUAGAGGCGUUGAAGUAUGCGAAAUAAUCGGUGAUGAUGGCAAGAAUCGAAAACCUAUUGACGAGAUCGGAAAGCCGCGAGUGGAUGAUCGCAAACCUAAAAUUUCUGGAAAUACCAGGACUCUUCGUGUAUUACUAGACACUAAUCAAUUUAAAAUGGAUAUGGACAGAUAUUCUCGUGUGAAAGAUGAAGAUGUAUACGAAACAUUUAAUAUACUAAUGAGAAGAAAGCCAAAGGCAGCUGUGCUGGAAACUAUCAGAGAUCUAAUGCAGAGUGAAUUGGUUGUUCCUGAUUGGCUGCACAACGUCUUUUUGGGUUACGGUUUUCCUGACAGCGCUCACUAUACGAUGAUGCCAAAUUUACCAAAAGAGAUCGAUUUUCGAGAUACUUUCUUGAAUUAUGACCAUCUUGUUAGCAGCUUUCCCGAAAAGAAAAUAGUCCCGUCAAAAGGAUACGAAGCUCCCAUUAGCCCUCCAUAUAUCAUUCAAUUUCCAGAAUCUUCGAAAGGAGAUAAAGGUAAAAUUUCCGAAGAAGCGGAACCCGAUGUGCCAAAGCUUGAUGAAAUAGUAGUACGAACAUACACCAUGCCAAACAUGGGUCCUUACCCGUUUAAUAUACCAAAGAGAAACUCUGUUAGAUUUACGCCUAGACAAGUGGAAGCUAUCAAGUCCGGAACAAACCCUGGCUUGACUAUGGUGGUUGGUCCUCCGGGUACGGGUAAAACAGAUGUUGCAGUUCAAAUUAUUGCCAAUCUUUAUCACAAUUUCCCCGAUCAACAUACAUUGUUGGUUACGCAUAGUAACCAGGCACUUAAUCAAUUAUUUGAAAAGAUCCUGGCACUUGAUGUCGACGAGCGUCAUUUGCUUCGUUUAGGACACGGUGAAGAGGAACUUAACACUGAAUUGAGCUUUAGUAAAUACGGUCGUGUCAAUUCAUUUUUGGAAAGAAGACUUUUUUUGUUAGGCGAGGUAGAUCGCAUAGCUAAAUCAUUGGAAAUUGGCGGGGAACACGGGUACACUUGUGAAACUGCUGGUUAUUUUUACCUGUAUCACGUCCUGUCAAGAUGGGAGCCUUACAUUGACAAGUGUCGACAGGGACUAGAGAAUGGCAGUGAUAAUAUCAAGACAAUACGCGAUGAAUUUCCUUUCACGAAUUAUUUUUCCGACGCCCCGCAACCCCUCUUUCCAGAUGACAUUAGUUACGCUGAAACGCUUGAAAUUGUCGAGGGAUGCUUUCGACACAUCGAAAAAAUUUUUACAGAGCUAGAAGAAAUACGCGGGUUCGAAUUGCUGCGAACGAGCUAUGAUCGUGCAAAUUAUUUGUUAACUAAAGAAGCCAAAAUAAUUGCCAUGACUUGCACACACGCUGCUCUUAAGAGGCGAGAAUUAGUUUCACUGAGAUUCAAGUAUGAUAAUGUGGUGAUGGAAGAAGCGGCACAAAUUUUGGAGGUCGAAACCUUUAUUCCAUUACUGCUUCAAGAGACCGAAGACGGGAAGAGUCGAUUGAAGAGGGUUAUUAUGAUCGGAGACCACAAUCAAUUACCACCGGUUGUCAAAAACAUGGCAUUCCAACAAUAUGGUAAUAUGGAACAAAGCUUAUUCACACGAUUUGUUAGACUGGGAGUCCCAACCAUCGAUUUGGACGCUCAGGGCCGUGCAAGGCCAUCAAUUGCGAAUCUAUACAACUGGCGGUACAAGGACUUGGGAGAUUUACCCGUUGUAACCGAGAAUGACGAAUAUAAGAAAGCAAAUGCCGGAUUUACCUACGAUUAUCAACUCAUAAAUGUUGGUGAUUAUAUGGACAAGGGAGAAACGGAACCUGUACCCUACUUUUACCAGGCAAGUAAUCUUGGAGAGGCAGAAUACAUUGUUGCGGUGUAUCAAUACAUGCGUUUAUUAGGGUAUCCUUCCGAAAAGAUCUCAAUACUGACAACAUAUAAUGGUCAAAAAGCUUUAAUACGAGAUGUUUUGCGCCAGCGAUGUUCGUGGAAUCCCUUAUUUGGUCGCCCAGCGAAAGUAACCACAGUUGAUAAAUUCCAAGGCCAACAAAACGACUGUAGGCAACAGGAGUU